CGGGCUGAGGUACGGCGGGCGGUGAUUGGUCCCGGGGCUGAGGUACGGCGGGCGGUGAUUGGUGCCUGAGCUGAGGGGCGGAGCUUUGAUUCGAAGGGGGCGUGUCCUGUGCCCUGUGGGCGGGGCCAGCGCGAUGCCGAAGCGCGGGAAGAAGAAGGAGGAGAGCGGCAGCGGGGACGAGGCUGUUCCCGCCAAGGCGCCCAAGGCGGGGCCGGCCCCGCCCUACGAGGACCCGCCCACCCGCGAGGCCACGCCCGAGGGGCGGCGCUGGACGCUCAAGGUGACCUCGUGGAACGUGGACGGGCUGCGGGCCUGGGUGCGCAAGGGCGGGGCCAAGUGGGUGCAGGAGGAGGCCCCCGACGUGCUGUGCCUGCAGGAGACCAAGUGCGCGGGCGCGGCGGUGCCGCCCGAGGUGCGGGCGCUGCCGGGGCUGCCGCACCAGUUCUGGAGCAGCGCCAAGGAGCGCCCGGGCUACAGCGGGGUGGGGCUGCUGGCCCGGACAGAGCCCCUGGAGGUGACCUAUGGCAUCGGCGACCCCGAGCACGACGCCGACGGCCGCGUGCUGACGGCCGAGUUCCCGUCGCUCUUCGUGGUGUGCGCCUACGUGCCCAACGCCGGCCGGGGCCUGGCGCGGCUGGAGCCGCGGCUGCGCUUCGACGCCGCCUUCCUGUCCUUCCUGCGCCGCCUGGACGCGCGCAAGCCGGUGCUGCUGUGCGGCGACCUCAACGUGGCGCACGCCGAGGCCGACCUGUGCCACCCGCGCGCCAACCGCGCCAGCCCGGGCUUCACGCCGCAGGAGCGCGAGGGGUUCUCGCGGCUGCUGGGCGCCGGAUUCGUCGACUCCUUCCGGCACCUGUACCCGGAGGCGCGCGGCGCCUUCACCUUCUGGACCUACCUGGGCGGCGCGCGGGCGCGCAACGUGGGCUGGCGGCUGGACUACGCCGUGCUGUCCCGGCGCCUGCUGGGGGCGCUGUGCGACUCCAAGAUCCGCAGCGCCGUGAUGGGCAGUGACCAUUGCCCCAUCACCGCCCUGCUGGCUGUCUAGGCCGGGCUUAGCCUCGGGGUUUGGCUUAAAUUAGGCUCAGAGUGGGAUUUCUAAAGCGGCGUCGCGCUGGUUUUAGUUGGAUGGGUGUUGGCGUAAAGUGGGAUUGAAUCGGCACAAAGUAAAUUUGGGUUAAAUUGGCACAAAGUAAAGUUGGAUUAAAUUGGCUCAAAGUAAAUUUGGAUUAAAUCGGGACAAAGUAAAGUUGGAUUAAAUUGGCUCAAAGUAAAGUUGGGUUAAAUUGGGACAAAGUAAAGUUGGAUUAAAUUGGGACAAAGUAAAGUUGGAUUAAAUUGGCACAAAGUUGGAUUAAAUUGGCU